AUGCGGACACAGACAUGGGUGCUGUCGCUUCCUUUGGUGUCGGGCAUUCUCCUCAAAGACCCAGUUGCUGAGCCUUACUUUGACAUCGUCUUCAGCGACGACCGUGUCGCGUCAAAAGAAGCACACGCCAAACUUCACGACCCCGUGCAGCAGAAGUACAAGUACCGUCUCAUCCAUGACGGUCGCGAAAAGUAUCUUUGUUCUGUUCCGAACAUCACGAAAGCACCUAGUCAGCGAUAUCGCGACCAGAAGUUGCUGAAUGGCGAUGAACGUGCCGCGUCACAAGCCAAAGAAGCAGCGAUGGCGAAAGCAGCUGCGCAACGCGGUUGGGAUAUUCUCAAGAAACUAGAUGGACAUUGUAUCUAUCGUGGUAUUGGCUGGUGGACGUACAAGUUUUGCUUUGGGAAGCAUAUCGAACAGUUCCAUGCGAAACCGCCAGCUGUUGGGCAACCUUUUUAUCCGCCUGUGCCAGAUCUGAAUCAUGCAUCGUACUCGCUAGGCUCUAGACCUAAUCCGGAAUCGAGAGCUGCGUCAAUGAAACUAGCGCGUGCACAAGGCGCUGCUAAAGCAUUGAGCAUCACAUAUGAUGGCGGUACGUAUUGCCCCCUGAUUCGCGGUCCUCGCAAAACAGAAGUUCGUUUCCAGUGCUGCCACAGCGAUAGCGAACAUAUUGCGUCCAUCAAAGAAGUCUCAAGUUGCGAGUAUCUCAUUGUGGUGCAUACCUCUCGAUUAUGUCACGAUAUUGCAUUCAUGGAGGAAGCAGCCAAGCCGAACAAGGAGAUUGUCUGUAAACUCAUCAGCGACAAGCCGGCGACAAUCGAAGGCGAUCAACGUGCAAAGAAGCCUGUCAAGGAUCUGCGACAAGAACCUCCUUCUCCUGGAGUUGAUACUGCCAAGAAGUUACCUAUACCCGGUGCUGGCAAACCCGCUGCUACGAACGAUAAAUCUGUUCCUGCACCAAAAGUCAAAAAGCCCAAAGCAGCUGACACACCUGUACCUGUCGAGCCCGUUGCGCCAACACCUGAAGCUGCACCAGCCGUUGACUCAACAGAAGGCGUGGCGCAAGCAACCUCUGAGCCUGUGGUAGACGCACCUGCAGAGGACAAGCCAGACGAAGCUGCAAAGCCGUCGGCAGAGGCGAGUGCGGAAGCAUUUGUGAAUGCCGUGUUGGAUCAUCUGGGUGCUUUGUUUGAGGAAGAUGCUCAGAUUGCUGCCGGCGCAGUGCCAGGUGGCGCAGGAUUGCCGAUACGUGAUCGUCCUGGUGCUGGUGAUGGUGCCCCCAUGCAAAUGCCGAUGGGCGGAGAGCAGAAUGCUCCUUGA